AUGAAUAAUAAUUUUAGUAGUUAUCCCAAGGAAAAUCAUGAUCAUCAUUUCCGAAUUAUUGAUAAUUCAACAAGUAGUAAUUUUAAUCAACAGCAACAUCAAGCAUCACCUUCAUCGGUGAUGAACUUGUCAUUACCACUGUCAUCCGUAACCGACCAAUCGGAAUCAAGAGUUGAAGUACACACUUUUAAUAACAAUAAUAAUGAAAAAGAAAAUAAUGAAAAGGAAACUACCUCUUCCGAACUCCUCAACUGUGAUACAAGUAUGGUCUGCAAACAACCAGAGGCUGAGGCUACACUUCCUAAGAUUAUCACUGCAAGCGCAUCAUCCAAUGAGUUGCCAACAUUUACUAAAAAGGGAGGCUCUCAUCACCUACAACAACAUGAAGAAAUCGUUACUUUGGAUUCCAAAGACCAUACAGACGAAAUUGAAAAAUUAGCACAUGACGGAAUAGAAUAUAGCGUUGGAGAUGAAAACGAGAAUGAUGGCUUGUUGUCAGAAAAAUCAAAGCACAACUCGGCAAGUAAGCUACUGCGAAAAAAAAUCUCGAGCAUGCUUCAAAAUUCGGUCAACAAGACCAUUAGUGGAGGAAUGAGUUUAUUGUCACUUCGACAACGUAAAACACCAGCUUCAGGAGAGUUUGUGAAUCAUGAUUUUGAAUCGAGCAGUAGUGUUGAUAACACUAAUGUUGCAUCCGGAUCUGAAUCACAAAAUUUCGAAGAUGGACAACCCAAUCCUGGAGACACUAUAUUUCCACAUGCAUCUAUAGCAACACAACAAACGCUGAAACGAACUAGGACAAUAUUUGCACUUACUUCGGUUUUUUCGAAAGCAAUUUCUGGAUGGAGAAGGAAUGUAUCUCGUAAAAGAGGAUUUCAUCAACAAUCACGGGCAAAUUAUAGCUCCACCACUAUUAGGCCUUUAUCAUCCUUCUCGAAAAGACAAAACAAUAAUUCAUGCACAGAUUUAUUUACACAAAUACCUGAAGAGCUCUGGAGAUAUGGAGUUUUCCCGUAUUUAGAGUGGAUGGAUUUAUUGCGAUUGAGAUGUGUUGGUAAAUGGAAAUUAACAAUUAUUGUGCAAGAGCAAGAACAAGUUUGGAAAAUAUUAUUCUCUGAAAAGAUGAGCAAGUAUUUCCAGCAAGAAAAAGAGUUGUGGAAAUCUCAUGCUAAAAAUUAUUUUUUCUUUGAUUUAGAUGAAGCCAUCAUUAAGGAACAUUAUGAGAAAACCAUUCUAGAAAAGUACACCUUACAGUAUAGAAAAAAAUUCGCCAUUCAAAAAGACAAAUGCUUUGGAUUGCAAUCAAGAAACAACUCAAAUGACUCUCACCAUGGUAUUUCUCUAUUUUCACAUUCUUCAUCAUUACAUCAAAAAGAAGAAGAUUCCGAAUGCCCUACAGAAGGUGAUUGCGCUCAUUAUUUACACAAAACAACAAUGCUAGAAAGCACUCCCACUGAUCAUGCCCAAGAAGAUUUUGUUUAUUAUCUUUCUUGCAGCCGUUCUGUACAUGAAAGGAAACAACAAGUGAUUUCUCGAAAAAAACACGAACAGCAACAAAUUUUGAACAAUAAUGAGCAUAGAAGCGCCUGGCUACGAAUAUUCACCUUACUUGUGACCAUGUUGUCCGCUGUUGCUGCAUUUGUAUGCCUCUCAGUGAAAGAUUUUGCAUUCUCAAAGAACAUUGACAUGGCUGCUGUCUGUGGUAUGAAUCAUACCAGCACUACGGCACUACUUUUUCUCGAAUCACAAGCAUUAUCAUUCUCUCAUUAUCACGACGCAUCUUUUUCCUAUUUGAAACUGAUGGAUAAAUCUUGGACCAUACCUUUUGUUCCCAUCUAUAUUGCCAUGUUAUUUAUAUUGGGAACGAUACUAUAUUUUUGGAUUCGAUAUUCUUCAGAUAAUACCAAAUUCAAUUUAGAGGGAGAUGGGCGAGAGAGACACCCCAAUGAGAUUUAUUUUUACAUGACCUUUAUAACCGUUGCUGUAAUAUUGUUUGUUGUUUUUUUGAAUAUUCGAAUGGUGUAUCCAUAUUGUGAAAGCAUGAUACACAAACUACACACGGAAGGACAAUCAAGUUUCUCAUCAGAAGAUGAAGUUGCAAGUCUUCUAGUGGCUGAAGUAUUCGCGAAUGGCGUUGUACUAUGUAGCCCUCUCUUUGCAAUUCUAGGAAUGGUCACUAUUUACUUUGUAAGAUCGCUGUAUGCUGGAAUUAUUUAUCGUCGCUAUGUGUUGAAAUUUCAUAUUCACUUGGUCAUGAUUGGCGUUGUGCUUUGGAAAUUUAUUGCACCAUUUGUGACAUGGGUUUUUACUGUGCUGUCAUUGACUUUGUUCAUUUUGUACAUGGUUCUUAAUUUACAUCCAUUGGUAGCCACAAUUCCUAUCAUGCUGCUGCAUUUAGUAGGGAUUUUUGUUUUAGGAUGGAUAUUUGUAAUGUUUUCGGUCAUGUUACUGACAUGUGCGGUCGAGAGAUCAAAACUAUGGAAAACCAUUUCGACACUUUUAUAUUCUUUCCUCCUCAUUACAUUGCCAGUGGUGUUUUACUUGCUGAUUGGGCUCAACAUGAGAAUUGGAAUUGUGGCACUUCCUUGCUCUGCAUUCUUUGUGGUGCUUAUUUUAUUUGGUAUGAAUUAUGUGGACUAUGUGGAAGAUUUAUUUAGUUUUGACGAAACGGUUUGGCCAUUUUCUUAG